CACCUGCACCACAACCAGUGCCUGACUGGGGAGGAAAUUUUUUCUUUGCAUGGAAUACCAAACAACAGUCACAUAUCAAACUCAGACUUCUCUACAGUAUGUCCUGCUGUUUUGCAACAGCUAAUUUUUCACCCAUGUGAUCAUCAGGAAAAUUCUGUGGAUGCAUCUAGACCACAUUCUUUGCAAGUUUGGGGAUUUGGGUUCCUAGCUGUGACUAUCAUUAACUUGGCAUCACUUCUGGGAUUUAUUUUAACUCCUCUCUUAAAGAAGUCUUAUUUCCCUAAGAUUUUAACCUACUUUGUGGGCUUGGCCGUCGGUACUCUCUUUUCUAACGCAAUUUUCCAGCUCAUUCCAGAGGCAUUUGGAUUUGAUUCCCAUGUAGAUAACUACAUUGAGAAAGCAGUUGCUGUAUUUGGAGGAUUCUAUAUUCUCUUCUUUGUGGAAAGGAUUCUUAAAGUGAUACUAAAGAUCUAUAAUCAGGAUUUCAGCAUUACUGAGUGUUCUGAUGCAUCUGUUUUAAAUCCAUAUGGAGAGAUAAAGCAAUCUCACUUUUUUGAGGAAGUUACAAGCAGAGCUGGAAAUAGAAUCCAGCCUGGCCAUAAUGACUUAGAAAAUGGUGAACAGAAUCAGUCUAAGGAUAAGACUAGUCCCUCCAAACCACCAUCAUCCAGCAAUGGAGUGACUUGUUAUGCGAAUACAGCCAUCGUAGAGAGCAAUGGAAAUUUUGGUUUUGACAGCAUUAGUGUUGUCUCAGCACAGGAAGAAGAAAUCCAGGGCAGUUUGUGUAAAUGUCUCGGUGGGCGCCCACUGUCGAAGAUUGGAACCAUUGCUUGGAUGGUUACACUGAGUGAUGCCGUACAUAAUUUCUUAGAUGGUUUGGCAAUUGGUGCUUCUUUCACGUUGUCUCUGUUUCAAGGACUUAGUACCUCCAUAGCCAUCUUGUGUGAAGAGUUUCCUCAUGAGCUGGGGGAUUUUGUCAUCUUGCUUAGUGCUGGAAUGAGUAUUCGACAGGCUCUGUUUUUCAACUUUCUGUCUGCAUGUUCCUGUUACAUUGGGAUGGCUCUUGGAAUAUUAGUAGGCAACAACUUCGCUCCUACCAUCAUUUUUGCUGUAGCUGGUGGAAUGUUCCUGUACAUAUCUCUGGCAGAUAUGUUCCCAGAGAUGAAUGAUAUGCUGAGAGAGAAAGUGACAGGAAGAAAGAUGGAUCUCACAUUCUUCCUUAUUCAGAAUGCUGGUUUACUAACGGGGUUUGCUGCUAUACUGUUGAUUACCUUGUAUGAAGGAAAUAUUCAGCUGUGAUCAUGCAAGUGAAAAUGGAAUCGGUGUUGAAGACGUCAAGUAAAUUAUGAAUGGAAGACAUUUGAAAUCCACAAAGGGACGUUUGUUUACUCUUCUUGGUUUUGAAACACUGACAGAUUCCAUUCCCCCCAUUCCAAAUGCAGGAAAUCCUUUUAUAGGACUUACCAUUGAUCCAAAUAGUAGGAUCUGUCAACUUCUGUACUCUGCUAAGGAACUGAUUCUAGUACUUGUAUUUCUACCUAAAAUUAUCAGACAUACUUGAGCUGUUAUAGAGAAAAAGGAGGUUACUUGGCCAGUAGAAUUACGCAGUGUAUGCAACUGAGCUGAGCUCUUCAAGGAAGAAAAUAAUGCAUUCCCGUAUCUUUUUGCAACUGUGAUGAAAACAAGCAGUUUCAAAACUGCUUAAUUUCAUGAGUUCUGCUGCAGGAUUUGUCUGUGUAAGAUCCCCUUCCACCCCCAAAACAAAACUAAAACAAACAAAAAAAACCAAUCAACUAUUUCAAAGUAGAUACUAAUGAAGCUAAGAUUUGUAAUUACUAAUUAACACUGGAAGGAAAGAUACCAGUUACUGCUUUUGAUCUUUUCUCUUUAUGUGUGCACUAGGGAAUUGUUGAUUUAUUUUCAGAACCACUUUUUUUAAAUUGGAGGGAGUGUGUGUUAAAUUUAUGACAAUUUAUCAACUCCACAACAUUUUAGAAACAUUGAGUAUUUAAAAAAAAAAA